GACUCUCCUCCUCCUCCUCCUCCUCAGCCGCUCCUGCUGCAGCAGAGCCCGGUGUCUCCAUGAAGAAAGCCCCCCUGCUCGGCACCUCCCCCGCCGUAAUGGGCCGCCAGCUAUUAACUGCGUUGAUGUGUUGAUAUCGAGAUAUUUCAGUUAUCAAAUAUGAAUCAUGCAUUUGAUAUUUCUGGCCACUUUGCUCGUCAGCGUCCUCUCGCCUUGGCUUCAUCCAUCGCUAGCUUCAUCCGUUUCUCAAGGAGUAGAGGACAAGGUUGAGAGGGAUGCAGUGGCAGUACUGCUGAAGCAACAGGCAACUGCAGCACCUGCCUCAGACAACAUAACACACCAUGCAGUAGAGCAUGUGAUCACCUACCCAUCGCGGUUGAUCUACUACCUGAACGAGGACUCGGAGAGCACCUACCAUGACCUGAACACCCGGGCCAAGAACCAGCCCACAGAAGGCCAGGCGAUCCACCUCGCCCAAGCCAGUUUCCAGUUAGAGGCAUUCGGCUCCAGAUUUAUUCUGGAUCUGUCGCUGAACAAUGACUUGCUGUCUUCAGAUUAUGUUGAGAUCCACUAUGAAGGGGGAAAACCUGUUCUGUCAAAGGGCGGUGAGCACUGUUACUACCACGGCCAGGUGAGAGGGAACGAUAACUCCCAUGUGGCCUUAUCUACCUGCAACGGGUUGCACGGGAUGUUUGAUGAUGGAGUCCAUGUGUAUCUAAUUGAGCCCUUACAACAGACCCAUUCAAUUGAUACAGCUGCAAGGCCUCACAAACUCAGAAGAACAGCCUCCCUUCCCUGGAACAAUGAUUCAGAGGAACAGGAGGAGGAGGAGGAGCAGCUCUUCUCAGAGCUGGAUGAAUUAUCCUGGCUGAAGCGCAGGAAAAAGCGAGCAAUGCCUCGCAAUGUAUUUGAGGAGAUGAAAUAUUUGGAAGUCAUGAUAGUCAGUGACCACAAUAUGUAUAAACGACACAAGAACAGCAGCACACGAGGAAUUUUGCCACAGUCAGUAGUGAAUCUUGUGGAUGGUGUGAGUAAGCUUUUACUACAUACGCGUGUGGUGCUCGUUGCUGUGGAGAUCUGGACGGACAAGGAUCACAUCCCAUAAGUGUGAGGGCCGCUGGAAAUGCUGGCGAGAUUUUGCCAAGUACAGGCAGCAAGCAUCAAGCACCACGCCGAUUCUGUGCAGCUCCUCUCAAAUGUGACCUUCCACUACCGCAGAAGCAGCACCGCAUAUUUUGGAGGCAUGUGUUCAGCGAGCCGUGGAGUCGGGGUCAAUGAGUACGGCACCACCUGGUCCAUGGUGGGGUCUCUAGCCCCAGACCUAGCACAGAACCUGGGCAUCCAGUGGGACCCAGCAUCCAAGAGAAAGGAAUGUGGUUGUGCUAGCCUGUGGUCUGGCUGCAUAAUGGAGGACACUGGAGUCCAACACUCACAGAGAUUCUCCAAAUGCAGCAUCACAGACUACAAGGAGUUCCUCCUUAAAGGUGGAGGCUCAUGUCUGUUUAACAGACCAACCAAGUUGUUUGAGGUAGGAGAAUGCGGAAACGGAUUUGUAGAAGUGGGAGAGGAGUGUGACUGCGGAGGGAGAGCGGACUGCACCAAGGAAUGCUGCAAGAAGUGUUCCCUCGCCAACGGUGCCCACUGCAGUGACGGACCGUGCUGCAACACCACAUGUCUGUUCUAUCCACGAGGUUACAGUUGUCGCUAUGCUGUGAACGACUGUGAUAUCUCAGAAACCUGCUCUGGAGACUCUGGACAGUGCCCACCCAACCUUCAUAAACAAGAUGGUUACCUCUGCCAGGUAAACCAGGGACGCUGCUACAACGGGGAGUGCAAGACCAGAGAGAACCAGUGUAAAUACAUCUGGGGGUCAAAGGCUGGAGGUUCAGAAAAGUUCUGCUAUGAGAAGCUGAACACAGAGGGCACAGAGAAGGGAAACUGUGGGAAGGAUGGAGACAAAUGGGUCCAGUGUAGCAAACACGACGUGUUCUGUGGUUACCUCUUGUGCACCAAUGUUGGACGUAUCCCACGCAUUGGAAUGAUGAAAGGAGAAGUUACCCCCACCUCCUUCAAUCACCAAGGCAACGUGAUACAGUGCACUGGUGCCCAUGUCCUCUUGGAUGAUGACACUGAUUUAGGCUACGUGGAGGACGGGACCCCCUGUGGGCCGUCAAUGAUGUGCCUUGACCACAAGUGUCUGCCCAUCCAGUCACUCAACAUGAGCACCUGCCCCAGCGGACCUAAUGGACAGGUGUGCUCUGCCCAUGGGGUGUGCAACAACGACGCCACAUGCACCUGUGACACCACCUGGGCGGGGACAGACUGUAGCAUGGCUGACCCGCCUAAAGAGCCUGACGACCAUAUAGAUGAAGUACCCAAGGUGAGCGUGGCCACUAACAGGCUGAUAGGGGCAGUAGCAGGGACCAUUCUGGCCCUGGGGGUGAUUUUUGGAGGCACAGGGUGGGGAAUAGAAAAUGUGAAGAAACGGCGAUACGACCCCAACGCCACAGCCAUUUAACCCAAGGAGAGAUGGCAAUCAGAGACGGACUCCUCCAAGGCUUCCUUAGUUGGCUACCUGACAGCUGGACUGCACUUAACUGCUGCUGAUCUUUGGCAUUAGAUUUACUUGAAAAAGACAUAGUGGACAUUUUAACAAAUUCCAUCGUAGUGACAUUAUAAAUGCAGCCUUCUCAACUCCACCUCACCCAUGUAACAACUGACCCCUCCUUUCUCCCUAUCUCCCCCACUCCCACCCUGAUCUCUAGAGUGACAGAGCUCCUCUUCCAUCCUUUAGUGCCAGUGCACAGGCGUUCAGGCGGAAUCCACACCACUCUCUCACCUGGCAUGAUUAUCCACACAAAGCGUGCUGCUUGCUGGCCUCCUGGCAUGAAGAGCCUUCUUUACAGGGCUCUGCAUGGCUACCAAAGCUAUGAAUAUACCGCAAAAAAAAAAAAAAACAUACAAAGAGAAAAAAUAUUUCCAGUGCAGGAGAAAGCCUCGUUAAAAACCAAACGUGGUUGAAGGCCUGUUAAAGCUCCUGUAGUUCACGUUUAGGUGCUGCAGAAGAUUAAGGAGGCUGCAUGUGAGGUCCCACAAGGGCGGUGCAGACCACAUAGUGAAUGCACACACACAAAACUACUGUACAUAAAUAAGGACUUCAGGUUUGGAAUUGACAGCAUAUUUUACAAGGACAUCAAUUGCUUUUGUUUUUUGUUUUGUUUUUUAAUCUCAGCAUGUUGUAUAGCGGGUGUUUUUGGCAAUGUUAUUGAAGAAAAAUGACACUGGCUACUAUGAUUUGGGGCAAAAAUAGUUUGAAGUGGACAAAGCAGCUGUGGUGUCGAGGAGAAGCUUGUCAGUUCUAGAGAGAUUCAGACUGUGAUCACGUUCGAUUAACGUCACGAGAUUCCUCCUCCCGACCCCCGAAGUAUCCUCAACAGUGACUCAAAAGCCAAAGAACUAAUCACCUGAACAUAUGGAUGUUGUUGCACACAGAGCACUUUCCCCUCCUCUGUCUGCAGCCAGUGGUGCCUCUCGUACUGCUGAGGGCAUGAAGUCUGUCCGUGCAGACGCUCACUUAACAGUCCUCAUCAACACCCACUAUACUGGCUUAGCCUUUUUGCUCUCAUGAAUUCUUAGUAGGAAUCAAGUUCAGCUCUACUGGUAACGCUGCAUGCAAUCACUAUAGUGGGCUUAUAAUUCUAUAUGGGAGUCCCCAAAAUCCGCAAGAAAAAUAUGCUACAAAAGAUAGGUGCAUGUCAAACAACAAAAAAAAAAACAACAUUUAACUUUUAUUUACUAUGCAAAGAGAGAUAUUGCACAAAAGUAUGGGUAAUAGUGAUAACAAUAUAGACGUGGAAUUCCAAGAAAAAAGACUCUGCUAAUCAGCUAAUCUUUUGUAUUUGGCCACUCCCACCUCUCCUUUCAUUUCGCUUCAACGUACUCAAACUGUGGAUGGACAAAUAACUACACAAAAGAACUGAAUUACUAUUUCCAGUGAAAAGCGAGAGAGCAACCUUUUACAUUUGUGGAACCGAAAAAAAAAUCAUUUUUGUGUGUUUUUCAUCCAAUCUGAUGUUUUUAGUCACACACAUGCACACACACAGACACACACACACACACACACACACACACACACACACAGACACACACUGUAUGGUGCCUGUACAUAUUGGGGCCUGGACAGUUUCCUUGUGCAGGGCUAUCAUUUCCAGUCCAGCUGAUAGUUGGUGUGUUCCAGGUGCUGCCAUAGCACUGGCAUCGUUGUAAUCCUCCAUGUUACUCAUCGUCUAGUGUUCCUCUCUCACUGCAUCAUGUACAGUUGGACCGAUUAAUAAACUACUGACAAAUUUUA